GACGGGCUUCUCCACAGACCGUCUCCAGUCCAGGGCGGGGCUGACUCUCUACCAAACUGAAUUAGGCUACAACCGGCAGAAGAAAACUUACCCCGGGUAGACCCAUGGAGCAGUGUGAGAAUGCACUGUCCGUAGGUGGGAAGCAGAGAACCGGACGACAGCCACAUUUCGACUAUAUCAUCCCGGACUGCCCAAGCUGCUGCUGUUGUGCCCAAGAGUGACCAGAUUAAAUACCACGGCACCGGGCUCGGUUUAAAAACAUCUGCGGGGUGGAAGAAGAAGCGCGUUUAUUCCUGCGCCGCUGUCAGGAUGAUGUGACAAAUCACUCAUAUUUGCUGCUCGGGGGAAAAUCUGUGAAGCCGGAUAUUUAUUCUGUUUCGCUGCUGGAGAUCAUCUGAGCUGGUUGUUAUAAGGCUGGCAGGCCUGGGGUGGGACAGAGAACAUGGCUGAACCACGGCGGGAGAGCACCAGCAGCCUGCAGAGGAAGAAACCUCCCUGGCUCAGGCUGGACAUUCCCACGGCUCAGAUGUCACUAGACGAGCCUCCCACUUUUGUUCAGCCGGUGAAGAGACAGGGGUUCCUGCGCAGCAUCAGCAUGCCGGUGGAGACCUCUCACCUCCAGUCCCCGCCCCGCGACUUCUUUGACACUCGACGGCCUGUCUUGCAACGCCAGUCAUCCAUCACUCAGACCAUAAAGAGGGGAACUGCGGACUGGUUUGGAGUCAGUAAGGACGGCGAUGCCACACAGAAAUGGCAGAGGAAAAGUCUGCGCCACUGCAGCCUGCGCUACGGAAAGCUGAAACCACAGGUGAUCCGAGAGAUGGAUCUACCCAGCCAAGACAACAUCUCCUUAACCAGCACUGAGACCCCGCCUCCUCUCUAUGUCCCCUCCUCACAGCAUGGCAUGCAAAAGAUUGUGGACCCACUGGCGCGAGGACGAGCCUUCCGUAUGGUGGAGGAGGUGGACGGCUACAGCGUGCCUCAGACCCCCAUCACCCCUGGGGCUGCCUCCCUGUGUUCCUUCACCAGCUCCCGCUCAGGUCUCAACCGCCUGCCUCGCCGACGUAAGAGGGAGUCGGUGGCAAAGAUGAGCUUCAGGGCCGCAGCAGCGCUGGUCAAGGGGCGCUCAUUACGGGAGAGCACUCUGAGACGGGCCCAGAGACGAAGCUUUACCCCUGCCAGCUUCAUGGAGGAAGAUGUGGUUGACUUUCCUGAUGACCUGGACACAUCCUUCUUUGCUAGAGAUAUUCUGAUGCAGGAGGAAUUGUCCACGUACGCGGACGAGGUGUUUGAGUCACCGUCUGAGGCGGCCAUGAAAGAGGCAGAGCCCAGCAACAAGAAGGAUGAGACGGAGCUGACGGGCAGCGCCCUAGAUAAAACAGAGCUGGAGAGAAGUCACCUCAUGCUACCUCUGGAGCGAGGGUGGCGUAAAGCCAAAGAAGGAACUCCAGGACCACCAAAGGUGCCCUUGCGGCAGGAGGUGGUGAGUGUAAACGGACAGCGGCGUGGCCAGCGUAUCGUUGUACCUGUCAAGAAACUUUUUGCCCGAGAGAAGAGGCCUUACGGGUUGGGCAUGGUAGGGAAGCUCACAAACCGCACCUACCGCAAGCGUAUUGACAGCUACGUCAAGAGACAAAUAGAGGACAUGGACGACCAUAGGCCUUUUUUUACAUACUGGAUCACCUUUGUCCAUUUGCUCAUCACUAUCUUGGCUGUAUGCAUCUAUGGUAUUGCACCUGUGGGCUUCUCCCAGCAUGAGACAGUUGAUUCUGUUUUAAGAAACAAAGGCGUGUAUGAAAAUGUCAAGUUCGUACAGCAGGAGAACUUCUGGAUCGGGCCGAGUUCGGAAGCUCUGAUCCACUUGGGGGCCAAAUAUUCUCCAUGCAUGCGGCAGGACAAGCAGGUGCAUGAACUUAUCAGGGAAAAGAGAGCCAUCGAACGCAACUCUGCCUGCUGUGUGCGGAACGAUCGCUCUGGCUGUGUCCAAACCUCAGAGGAGGAAUGCUCGAGUACUCUAGCCGUGUGGGUGAAGUGGCCGAAGCAUUCCAGCACUCCCCAGUUAAACGGUAAAAAUAGACAGUACGGCUCGGUUUGCCAUCAGGACCCCAGGAUUUGUCUAGAGCCUGCCUCGGUAUCACCUCACGAAUGGCCUGAUGACAUCACCAAGUGGCCCAUUUGUACCAGGUACAACACAGGGAACCACACCAACCUGCCUCAUAUAGACUGUACCAUCACAGGCCGACCCUGCUGCAUUGGAACCAAAGGGAGGUGUGAAAUCACAUCACGGGAAUAUUGUGACUUCAUGAAGGGCUACUUUCAUGAGGAGGCUACUCUCUGCUCUCAAGUACACUGCAUGGAUGAUGUUUGUGGACUGUUGCCUUUCCUCAACCCUGAGAUCCCAGAUCAGUUUUACAGGCUCUGGCUCUCACUUUUCCUGCAUGCUGGGAUCCUUCACUGCCUGGUGUCGGUGGCUUUCCAGAUGACUAUCCUGAGGGACCUGGAGAAGCUGGCGGGCUGGCUGCGCAUCUCAAUCAUUUACAUCAUCAGUGGCAUCACUGGCAACUUAGCUUCAGCCAUCUUCCUGCCUUACAGAGCAGAGGUGGGUCCAGCUGGCUCUCAGUUCGGGAUCCUGGCCUGCCUGUUUGUGGAACUGUUUCAGAGCUGGCAGAUCCUGGCUCAGCCCUGGAGGGCCUUCACCAAGUUACUGUGUGUGGUGCUCUUCCUCUUUGCCUUUGGACUGUUGCCCUGGAUCGACAAUUUUGCCCACAUUUGUGGCUUCAUCUCUGGCUUCUUCCUGUCCUUCGCCUUCCUACCCUACAUCAGCUUUGGCCGCAUGGACCUGUACCGCAAACGCUGUCAGAUCAUUGUCUUCCUGCUGGUGUUUGUCGGGCUCUUUUCAGGCCUUGUGGUGCUCUUCUAUGUCUACCCAAUCAAGUGUGAAUGGUGCGAGUUGCUCACCUGCAUCCCUUUCACGGACAAAUUCUGUGAGAAGUACGACCUCAACGCUCACCUUCACUGAAGUGUGCCCAGUGUGAGCUCAACAGGAAGGCAUCAGGUCAAAAGAUGUGGACUAACAGAUGAUAUCAGCCAGUCUGUGUCUCCACUCUGUUCCUGCGUGGCUGGGGACUGUAACCCCCUCUCUGUGAACUAUGACAAUAUGCUUGUGUUUUUUUUGUUUUUGUUUUUUUUUUUUUACUCAGUCAGUAUGAAUACCUAUGCCAUUCAUCAUAAGAAUUUCCUUUAAUCACCUCCCUGUUCACCGGCAGUCAUUGUCACUCCUUCACUGUCCAGUGAAACAAAGGUAUCGCAUUUCUGAACCUCAUCAAAGCUCCCAGCUGCCCUUUAUAUGUGAGGGAAGAAUCAGAGAAACCAGCGCUGGUACAGAGAGAAGGAAUAUAUAUUUUUUUUACAUUCACACUCCAGACAUAGGUUUUAUUAUUAUUCAGGCAGCCUCAUACAGAAGCAGGGACGAAAAUCAAAUGUUGAAACCUUUGGUGCCUUGUUGAUAAAUGUACCAACUACUGCCAUAUUUUUGUUACAUUAUGCUGAGCACUCGAAUGUUUUCUUUCAUUUGUUUAUUGCUUCUCAAGAAGUGAUGAUUGUUUUGAACGUGGUAGUGUUUUAGCUACCUGUCUACUCACAUGUAACUGAAAACAACAGUAAAAAAAAAAAAAGCAAAAAAAAAUCUACAAAUUAAAAUGUUGUGCGACUUUCUCUCCA